AUGAUUGGUGGGUGUAUUGUCGAAGCUGGAUCAGAGCCGGAAUCUGGAACACUUCCCGACUCCACACCAAAAGACGAUGAUCAAGACGCUUAUUACAUCGACAAGUCAGGCAAGCGAAGAAGACGACGACGACGAAGACAUCCGUCGAAGCAGUCGGAGGGACGCAACGGACACACGCCAGCUCCCGACUCUUCUGAACAAGCUGGAUCAGAGCCGGAAUCUGGAACACUUCCCGACUCCACACCAAAAGACGAUGAUCAAGACGCUUAUUACAUCGACAAGUCAGGCAAGCGAAGAAGACGACGACGACGAAGACAUCCGUCGAAGCAGUCGGAGGGACGCAACGGACACACGCCAGCUCCCGACUCUUCUGAACAAGCUGGAUCAGAGCCGGAAUCUGGAACACUUCCCGACUCCACACCAAAAGACGAUGAUCAAGACGCUUAUUACAUCGACAAGUCAGGCAAGCGAAGAAGACGACGACGACGAAGACAUCCGUCGAAGCAGUCGGAGGGACGCAACGGACACAUGCCAGCUCCCGACUCUUCUGAACCUAAAUCUGAUGAAAUUCCUGAUACUGACUAUGAUGACAGUGCUGUUGAUAGAGCUAAACGAAAUUUACCUUUACGGAAAAGGUGUCGGUCAAAACGAAGAAUAUUCAGGAAUACCUCAGAUAGUGAUAUCAAUCCACUCUUGAAGAAGACUGUUGUGUACAGCCAAGGGCAACCAGAUGAUUCCAGGGAUGAUUACUAUGAUGAUGAGAUCGUGGAAACUACAUGGGUAGUCAAACUGGGAAACAAAAAAGUAACAAACAAAGAAAUGCUCGACUUCGUCAAUAGCCAGUUGAAGACCAACGAUUUAUUCCAAAAUGUCAUGAAUCAAAACAACAGCAACCCACUUGAUAAGUAUGAUGUGGAGACUGAAACAUCUUGGUUUACAAUGUCUAGAAAUGCAAAACUGAGCAAUGAAAAGAUCCUCGACUUUUUCAACCAGCAGACUGACUUGGAUCGAAUGCUCGGAAUGGCGUUCCCCACACAAACAGCAACACAACAACCAAUACAAGUGAUAUCCACAUCUAUUUGGUUCUCAGACGAUUUUGUCAAAGAAAUGAGCAAUUUGGAUGUUGAAGGGAUUCUGAAAACAUGUACUGAAUUUAACAAACUAUGCAAUUCAAACAGGAAAUCUGGUUCGUCGUCUGAUGGUGAGUUGUGUCCGUCAAAUACUUCCCGUAACUACUCGGAUUCGUAUAAUGUCUUUGGCUGUAUACAAACUACAUAUGUGAAAUAUGCGAUAUAG